GCGCCCACCAUGGUGCGAUGCGACCGCGGGCUGCAGAUGCUGCUGACCACGGCUGGAGCCUUCGCCGCCUUCUCGCUCAUGGCCAUCGCCAUCGGCACCGACUACUGGCUCUACUCCAGCGCGCACAUCUGCAACGGCACCAACCUGACCAUGGACGACGGGCCCCAGCCCCGCCGCGCCCGCGGCGACCUCACCCACUCGGGGCUGUGGCGCGUGUGCUGUAUCGAAGGGAUCUAUAAAGGCCACUGCUUCCGGAUCAAUCACUUCCCCGAGGACAAUGAUUAUGACCACGACAGCUCGGAGUACCUCCUUCGCAUCGUGCGCGCCUCCAGCGUCUUCCCCAUCCUCAGCACCAUCCUCCUCCUGCUCGGGGGCCUCUGCAUCGGUGCGGGGAGAAUCUACAGCCGCAAGAACAACAUCGUCCUCAGUGCCGGCAUCCUCUUUGUGGUUGCAGGCCUCAGUAACAUCAUCGGCAUCAUUGUCUACAUUUCCAGUAACACAGGCGACCCAAGUGACAAGAGAGACGAAGACAAGAAAAACCACUACAACUACGGCUGGUCCUUCUACUUUGGAGCCCUGUCUUUCAUUGUGGCCGAGACGGUGGGCGUCCUGGCGGUGAACAUUUACAUUGAGAAAAAUAAGGAGCUGAGGUUUAAGACCAAACGGGAGUUCCUCAAGGCCUCCUCGUCCUCGCCCUACGCCCGGAUGCCCAGUUACCGCUACAGGCGAAGGCGCUCGAGGUCCAGCUCACGCUCCACCGAGGCCUCGCCCUCCAGGGACGCCUCGCCCGUGGGCCUGAAGAUCGCGGGGGCCAUCCCCAUGGGCGAGCUGUCCAUGUACACGCUGACCAGGGAGCCCCUCAAGGUGACCACGGCGGCCAGCUACAGCCCCGACCAGGAGGCCAACUUCCUGCAGGUGCACGACUUUCUGCAGCAGGACCUGAAGGAAGGCUUCCACAUCAGCAUGCUGAACCGGAGGACCACCCCCGUGUGA